AUGUUAUUAUUUACACCAAUCUACCGUUUUAAAGGGUGUGUAUCGUUGCAGGCGGCGGGGGUGGGUGCGGGUGCGGGUUCGGAGGCGCGGAGGGGCGGCGCGGAGGGGAAGCUGGCCCGCGCCCGCCCUUCGGCCAGCGUCCCGCGCCGCCGCUCCCUGUGCCUCAUGUACCGGCCCCCGCUCGCCAGCCCCGCCAGGGCCGACGCCAGGCCUCCAGCCCAGGCCCCGGCUCAGCCCCAGGCGCAGAGAGCCAAGGGCGUGGUGCGGCGCGCCAGCUCCACGCAGGAGAUCCUUGUACACAGGCAGUUUUCCAAACUGCAAAUGUCUAGUGCUGUUGAACAUGCUGCUACAGCAAGUGCAGCAGAUGUUUAUGCUAGCCUUGUGAAAGAUCUUUUAUACCCAUGUGAUGUGUCACAUCAAGUUUUUAUGGAUACUUCUCAUGUUGUUAUUGUUGUUGUUGUUGUUGUUGUUGUUAUGAAGAGAUUUAUAAGAUUGAAACAUAAAGGAUACAAAAACUAUGUACUGAAUAUGGCUUCGGUUAAAUGCUGCAAGACGCAGCAAUGCAAAAAUUGUAUUUGUAUCCAGUGUGGAACUUGUUAUCAUAAAAACCACAUUGAUAGAAUACAAGACAGAAUCGACAUUGAUGAAAUGCGCAUCAUAUGUUGUCAACCGGAUGAUGAUGUAACUGAACCAAAGGAUUUGCUGAAGGAAACAAAAAAUAAUAAUGCUCUUCUCCAAGAAAAGGUGGAUAAAAUGGCAAGCAGUACUUCGAGUGUUCCUCAGAAGAUGACGUAUGCAGACGUGACAUCCACGACGGUCAAGCAUUACACCAAAAAAGUUCCACCAAUCAUCGUGAAAUCAAAAACUAAAUGUGAUAAAGUUCUUCGUGUGUUACUUACCUGCGGUUUGCAACAAAACAGCAAAAAUACAAAAAUGCUCAACAGCAUUGAGUUGACAUCCAUGAGGAUACUGGUGAAAGUAGAUCCGUCAUACCAAGCGAUGAUUUCAGUCACAGACUACCCAAACAUGACUCCAUUUCAGUGGCUAGCAGAUGGUACAAUUACUUGCAUCAGCCUUUAUGCAAAUGCUACGGAGUCGUCAUAA